CCCGCGGGUGCCGCGCCUGGCCCGCCUGGCCCUUCGUUUCCGCCGCCUCCGCGUUCGGGCCAUGUUCGCCCCGCUCGCCGGGGUCCCGAAAGGACUCAAACGCGGGGCGGAGGGCGUCCCAGAGGCCGGAGCCAACGACGACAAGGACGCGCCAGCCUCCAGCGGCGAGCUCCAGUGCCUGAUGCGCCGCCUGCUGCUCCAGCGCGAAGCCGCCCGCCUGUCGGCAGCACGAGACGACGACGUGGCGCUGGCGCUGAGAGAAGACCAGACGAUCGAGGUAGCCCUGGAGACGGGGCCCCAGGAGUGCGUCAAGACGGGCAAGGCCGGCCGCGAGGGUGACGACUUCAAGGGCCACCCCGUGGGCAGGAUGCCAAACGCGCUUUUGAAGAUGACCAUCUUUCGGAUCGCCGAAGUUACCGCGAACGGCCGCGAGAAGCUGAUGAAAACCAUGGAACAAGGGCCCUACCCCAUAGAAACUGCAGAAGCCGUGGGUGUGCUGGAGAAGUAGGGGGACUACGUUCUACGUAAACCCAGGCGUUGUGGUGAAGGCCGCCCGUUGCUUCGAGAUCAAGCGCAACAGCGAGGGCGAGGGUCGGGCGCGCUGAAGCUGGGCCUGCAAGCGCCGCGCCCACUUGGGGAGUGCGCUGACGGUGCUGCGCCUGGACGGAGGCGUGGCGAAGUCGGCGCGUGUCCAGCUCGGCCACGGUCGUGGCCCUAGGUCGAAGGUCGCCAAACAGAUCGAGCAGCUCGCGCUCAAGGAAAAGACCACGGUCGGCAAGACGGAUGGCCAGCAGAAGAAGCCGAGGAAACGCUAGACCCUGGAGUUCCCAGGCCAUGCGCCGCCAACCACAGGUCCGCCCGAGCGUGCAUCGUCACCCACUUCGCUUGAUAUUCUGACGCGUCAGAGGACCACCUACUAGAGUAUUACGUGACACUAACCGCAUGAAUAGCGAUCCGUACUUUUUGCAGUCCCUCUUCGUUGUGCUGUGCCUGUGUUUCCACCUCUCUCUCGGUGCCGAGAUUCAGUAGCACUCCUUUGAUGUGGGGCCCGUGGCUGGCCCCACUGCGGCGUGCGAAGUCGGGGGGAGGGCCGUGCUCGACA